UGACUUCUAACUUGUUCAAAUGGGAUGGUCUCCAGACAGAGUCAUCUUCUCCGCAAUGCUCUAGAGUAGAAAUUUAACUCGGAUUGUAAACCUUGUGGCGGUUGAUUAGAGGUGGCAGCCCGACAAGCCAUGCGAGUCGUUUGGUAAUCAGCCUAGCUGUUUCUGCAUCUUGGUGGAGUAAAACAACAAACAAGAUCACUAUGAAUAUCCAGUCAGUUAUCAACAGGGAAGUGUUUGCCCCCCGGGAUGAGAGGAUACUAGUGGCUGUGGAGGUUAAGAGGAGAAAAAGGAAAAAGGUUCCCUUUCUUCCCACUGGAGGCAAGGGAGAAUAUAUGACAUACAUCUGUCUGUCAGUGACCAAUAAGAGACCAGCCCAGCUCCUCAUCACCAAGGUCAAGCAGUUUGGAGGCUCUGCCCCCUUCACCAGGAGGUCACAGUGGAGUGUGGAGCAGCUCCGCCAGGUCGAUGGCAUCGACCCCAACAAGGACUGCCCAGAGUUUGACCUGGUAUUCGACAACGCCUUUGACCAAUGGGUGGCCAGCUCAGCGGCAGAGAAGUGCAUCUUCAUCCAGAUCAUGUACCACGCCUGUCAGACUUACUGGGAGGGCAAGGAGCGGGUCCCUGGUGGCCUGGGUAGCCCAGCUGGAGACCAGCAGAAGGAUCAGAGAGCUAGUCCAGGGGCCCAGGUUAGCCCAGGAUCCCAAGGGGGCCAAAGAGGAGGUCCAGGGGCCCAGGCUAGACGGAAGAGCACAGUGGGUCCCAGGCCCCGCCAGACUGAAUUUGUCAACUGUCAGUCCAAACUCACAGGAGAUGCCUGCACUGUGAAUCUGGUCAUCUACCGUUGCAAGGUCUUCUUCAACCGCAUGAAGAAGGGGAUGGUUUCAAAACAAAGCAGUCCUCAGGUUGGAGCAGGUCACAGAGCAAGUCCCAGUGGGCAGCGCCCCCCAGGGGGCAGUAUGGGUAGUGUAGUCCAGAGGGCCAGCCAGGCCCUGCAGGAGCGUGGGGAGAGACUGGGCCGUGCCGAGAACCAGACAGUAGACCUGAUGCACAAAGCCCAGCAGUUUGCAGACACUGCCCACAAGCUGGCUCUGAAGUAUUCAAACUAGAGGCAUCUCUUCCUGUGGGUCCGCUCCUGGAGUCCGUGGCCCUAUUUCACCUGUUGAUUCUAUGGAUAACUUCUAUACUAAUGUUGUGCUGAGGCAUAGUUUAGUUGAAACCCAGUGGAUGCUGCAAUUCCUCUGUGAAGAAUCCUAUGUUCUGAGAGGAGUGGAGGGUUGUGGUACUUGCUCUUAGGACACUGACUAUGUCAAAAGGACAUGGAAACCUUUACAGAUGGGCAGUGGGGAGGACGGCCCAGUUAUGGACCUCUGAGUUUAAGAAUGACCUUUAACCUCCAGAAUGGGACCUGUGGAUCACAUGACGGUGUUGUUUCAUGGCAUAGCUAGCUGGUUUACUGGAUGGCAACGUUGUCACAAUGCUCCCACUGCUUGAGUGUACUUGUCUUCCCUGCUUCAGUAGCCUGUGCUCUGAUGACGAGGACUUUAGAUUUUGGGGGUUUCACAUGUUUUUAGACAUUUUAAUAUUGGCAUAUCUGAAUUCUCAGUAAAAAGCUUUUCAGGAUUCAUGUGUCUUCUCCGCUAUGGAAGUAUAUUUCAAUGGUGGUUUUGCUCGUUACAUAAAUAAUUGCUCAUUUAUGACUGUAAACAGGCACACGCAUAGAGAGCAGCUGGUGAAUGAUUGAUUUAGAUUGAUACUGGAGAAUCCAUUUUACCCAUGGGAGGGGUUACCAAUUAGUCAUUUAAUGUUUGAAUGGUGUUGAAUGUAAGUAUGGCUGUUUCAGGUUUUUGCCUUAGUCUUGUGCUAGCUG